AUGCUGGAUCCAUUGACUGAAUCAUCGAUAUCAUCCGGAGAGUUUCUUAUCUAUUUGUUGUUAUUUGGUUUCAGCAGCUGGGAUGAGAUUUCCAAGAUCUUGAAUAAUGCUGCUAUAUUAGGUGGGGCGUGGUUAAUAAUCAGGAUAAUCAUCAUCCCGAUCAGGAGACGGCCAUCGACAUCCAAUAACACAGUUGCAGUUGUAACAUACAUCAGUAGUCCUACACCACAACAUCAUUUCCACUUCGCUGUAAACAUUAUUCAAUCCGUUUCAUUGUUAAAUCAAACAAAUCGUAAUUUUCAGCCCUUUUUACACGAUCUUUCUGAUCGGAGUCUAAAAUUUAUCUAUUCUUUUUCUGCUCCUGUAUAUUUGCUCUCUGUGCAAUUUUUGAUUUUCAAAGUUUGGUAUAGCAGCAACUCUGCUCUACAAACUCGACUCGAUCCCUUAUCAGUUAUUGCAAUUUGCAAGUUAACUACCCCAAAAUCCACCAAUCAUUUGUUUUAA